AUGGUUCUCUGGAGAGCACUAGCCAGGCUGACCACGCGUCCAAGUUCAUUGCACCCUUCAGCUGGAAGAGGCGGCAGCCUCAGACCAAUAAUCAGAUGGAGCUCGUCCGGUAAGGAUGUCGAACUUCUCAAGACAGAAAUUGUCGAUGAUGUGGCCGUUGUGCGGCUUCUCGCUCCAGAGGGGCAGUUUCCGUGGGGUACUCGCAUUUUCGAGCACCGCAUCAACCCCAUGCUGAUCCAGCAGGUAAAUGCGGCCUUGGAUGUGGCGGAGAAAAACGGCGUGAAUGCUCUUACAGUGAUAGGAGAUGGGCGUUUCUUUUGCAACGGCAUGGACCUGCAGUACAUAUCUGCAAAUGUGGCGGAGUCCACGAAGAUCCAAGCGGAUGCUGAAAAGCUCAUGUCCCGAAUCCUCACAUUCGGCGUGCCGACAGUUGCUGCCAUCAAUGGGCACAUCACGGCGGGUGGCGCCAUGCUCGGACUGGCUUUCGACAAGCGCCUCAUGCCCGCUGACUCUCCAGGGCUUUUCUUUGUGCCCGGCAUCGACAUUGGCCUGGUGUAUUCUGCUGGCAUGACCGAGUUGAUGAAAGCCAAGCUGCCUUCGACCAUGUGGAACGACACCCUCUGCAUGGGAAAGCGAUACGAGUCCGCGGAGCUCAAGGCAAACGGAGUGUUGGAAGAGACUCCGGCAGCCUCGGAGUUCUUCGAGGUUGCUUUGCAGUUGGCCAAGUCCCUGAAGAGCAAGGGCAAAGAUCCAAAGACUCGCGAGACCAUGCAUGGCAUAAAGAACAAUCUCUACAAGGACGCCGUGGCACUGCUUGGGCAGAAGGUGCAAGACAUGGGCUUUGCCGAUGGAACCUUUGAUGCCACCGGCAGACCCCGCAAGGCUUAA